UGGAAGGAGGGAGGGUGAAAAAAAAAUCUCACCGUUAGUGUUGGUAUCUACAGAGACCGAUACAGUCUCUUUCCUUCCGAGUGUGUCUCUACUGCCGGCCGCAAAUUCAGAUUUUCACAAUCCGAUUCAAGAUGUUUUCCAUCAACCAGGCCUUAUUGGCCCUGGAUAAGAAACUCCAGGAAGAGAACAAAUUCAAUGAAAUAUUGAAAAAAGUGGAGGAUUUCUCGGGUAUCGAGAGGAGGAAAAUUGUCCUGACAACCUGCUUUAUCCUUGCUGCUAUGAUCAUCAUAGGAUAUGGUGCCCAGAUUAUCUGCAAUGGAAUCGGAUUUGCCUACCCAGCCUAUGCGUCUAUCUUGGCCAUCGAGUCCAGGAACAAAGACGAUGACACUUGCUGGUUGACCUAUUGGGUUGUUUUCGCUGGCUUGUCCCUCAUUGAAUUCUUCUCCGAUUUCAUCCUGGCUCUAAUUCCUUUCUACUGGAUGCUCAAAUGCAUGUUCCUUAUCUGGUGCUUCAUGCCCUUUAGCCUGAAUGGUUCAAAGUUCAUCUACAACAGAUUCAUCCGGCCAGUUUUCCUGUCCCAUUUGGUACAAGCGGAAUCGGAGGACAACUCUCCUUCAGAAGAGCACGAGAAGUCCUCUUAGAUCCUUGGUGGUGAUUGUCCGUGGCCCAGUGUGUGAGAUUCCAGAUGAAGAAAGGAUACUGCAUCGAAGAACGUACCAAGACCAGAAUCGAUAACGAUGAAAUACGAAACACGAUCGUCGAUAUUAGAAUUAGGAUAGUGUUCAUUGUCCUUGUUUGUUCCAACCUGGUGAUAAUACAAAGUUCAUUUUCACCUAUGCUUCGAUGAUAUUUUUUUGAAACCAUGACUGCAAUUAGCUGCACAAAGAGAUUCCGUUGAUUUUCGGGAACAAUCUGUAGGAGCUUAGAACCAAACAACUGUAACCGUUUGUGGAUGGUCCCCAUGGGAUACAACGUAUGCAGGGUUUCUUCAAAGUAUAUCGAUGAAAUUCCUUUACCUGAUUGUUAAUAAAUCACACAUCACUGUUUA